AUGCCGAGAAGAAAUAGACCUGACAUUGGUCGUAGAAGUCAAAUAACACGCCAAAAACGUAAUUCGCGUAAUAACCGCACUGAUGGGCAAAUGGAGACUGAUAAUAAUGAUAGCCAGAUUGCAAUGACAGAUUUGCUUGAGUUUAGAGAACAAGUUGCUGCAAAUCGAUCACAACAGCAGCGAGCACGCGAAAAUGAAACUUCUCGAAUUCGCAGAAAUUACAGUGCCCACAAAUUUGUAAAAAUUGGAGACAUGUCGAUCAUUUGUCAGCACUGUAAAGCCUUAAAAUACAAUGGUGAAUCUGCAGGACUAUGUUGUGCUGGCGGUAAGGUAAAGUUGCCACAAUUGGUACCACCACCUGAUCCAUUACACUCACUAAUUUUUGGAAUGACCAAUGACUCUAAACACUUCUUAUCCAACAUCCAAAAAUAUAAUAACUGCUUCCAAAUGACAUCUUUCGGAGCAACGCAUAUAGUACAGAACAAUUUCAUACCGACGUUCAAGGUGCAAGGACAAAUUCAUCACCUAUUGGGGGCACUGCUGCCAUUACCAGAUGCAGAUCAUCAAUUCCUACAAAUUUAUUUCCUAGGCAAUCAGGACGUGAAGUUGAUACGCGUUGUACUCAUAAUCCAUCAGUAA